AUGGCCUCGCUCUUCACCGGGAAGGUCCUGGUGGUGAACAACAGCGCGCGGGACGAGCUGGACACGGAGCGGGAGCUGGGCCGCAGCCUGGAGAACAAGGUGCUGCUGCUGUAUUUCGGGUCCGGAGAGUGUCCGCGGUGCCGGGAGUUCUCGCCGCUCCUCAGGGAUUUCUUCGUGAGACUCACGGAUGAGUUUUACGUGGAAAGGGCCUCGCAGCUGGUCCUGGUGUACGUGUCUCGGGAUGAGACGGAGGAAAAGCAGAGCAAGUUCCUGAAGACCAUGCCGAAGAGGUGGCUGUCCCUGCCUUUCAAGGAUGAGUUUAAAAGGUAUUUGGAGCGGAGGUUUGCGGUGGCCGAGGUCCCUGCCGUGGUGGUGCUGAAGCCCAACGGGGAGGUGAUCGCGGGCAACGCCGUGGAGGAGAUUCGGCGCAUGGGGCCCGCCUGCUUCAGGAACUGGCAGGAGGCCGCCCAGCUCGUGGACAGGAACUUUCUCUUGGCCGAAGACUUCGAUGACGUGGCUAGAAGAAGCAUCACCGACCCCAUCCGCCGCCUCAAGUACAAACUGAACAAGACGGAGGAUGAAGAAGAGGAAGAGGAAGGUGAAGAGCUCGCCAAGUUGCAGCCUUCCCACCAGUGA